AUGCCUUCCACAGCACUAGCAGUUUUGUACAGCACUUCAGGGACCGCUGGUCGGUCCCGCAAAGUGACCUCCCACAAGGGCUUGCAUAACUCAGACAUGAAGCAGCUCGUCCGCGUGCUUUGUAGCGUUCCCUUUCCCUCUACACCGGAAGCGGAGAAGAAGUAUAUCCACGAUCUGAAGGCUGCUAUCCAUAGCCUGCCCUCCCACCUGCGCUCUGCUACUGUGCAACUCAAGUCCACAGAGGACAAAGAGACCGGCAAAGUCAAACCCGGCCGCCUCUGCUCUCAGCACAAAGGUCUCAACACCUUGCUGAUCUGCAAUAUCUGGGCUUUCGUGAAGCAUGAGUUUGAUGCUGGGGUCGGCCAUUACAUCUACCCAGUUAUCAUGUACGGCGGUCUAACUAAAUAUCAGGAAUGUAAAGCGCGCCAACUGGAGCCUGUGCUGCAGAUGUGGCAUCCUGAAUUCACGGUUGAGGGUUCUAUUCCCCCGGAUCACGAACCCGUUAUCCCAGGCUUCUUGUACGAUAACGGUAGUUUUUUGCCGAAGUGGACCUACCAGGAGAAUGAGUGUCCGGCCUGUAUGCUGGCUAGGAUUGGGAGUGAUGGGGAUGUUCUGGCGGCGCUGCUUUCGGGCAUGGUAGCGCGCUUCUCGAGUCGGAGGAUUGGGAAGAGGGACGAGGCUAAGAGCAGCCGCAUCCGGUUUGUGAGGUACUGGCUUAAAGCCUGCGAUGGUGGAGCCAAGCUCGUCGACGAAGCCUGGGAUCUGGGCGAGGAGAUGCGCCGUGUAAGGAAGGCGUGGAAAGAACAUGCGCGCUCAACACGCCUCAAGGUUGUUUCCGCGCUGCAAGCUACCACCCGUCCGCACUCUACCGCCGAGGAGUCAACGAUCAACGUCGGCAUCGACGUCUCCGAGCCCUUCAACCCUUACUCCUAUCCUACGAACCCUUCACCCGGUCCUAUACCACGAGCUUCCACCGUGGUGCCCGAAAGCCAACGCUCCUCCGUGGUAGGCAUCGACAUCUCAGACCCCUUCAUCCCUCCCCAGUCUAACAUGUCAUUCCCCUACCCUCCUCUACCCAUCCCCGCAAGCCCACGCCCCGCAUCUAGCAUCUACACACGCACCACUUGUGGCGGACCUAUCAACAAAUCCUCCACCACCGUCAAUACCGCCACCACGCACCGUCCCAGCUCCGCCUACAGCAAUAGCAGCCCUCCCGCACCCCUGUGGGAUACCACAUCCGCCGCAUACUGCACCAGCAUCCCCCUGCAUAACGUCCCUACCAUGCAGCCCUCCGUCCUUACCUGCACAUUUACAGAUGUGCAGUCCGAGCACGCCCGGUACUCCAUCGCAUCCUCGAUUUCUGAGGACUGGGACAAAAUCCCCUCCUACUCUUCCGAGUCUUCUAUUCGUCCCCUGCGAGACCAUCUCCCCGCACCACUUUGCUCGUCGAACACGAGCCGCGAGCAGGCGAGGGAAGAUGUGCUGCUGCCGCCGCCGCCUCGCGCGUCUGUAUACGUAGGGUUUGGGGAGCCGGUGUGGGAUGAAGAGUUGUAUAAGGAUGUUAGUCCGCCUGAGACGCCGACGGGGGAUGCGUAUGGGAUGCGGGCUGGUGGUGGAGAGAAGGGCGGGUAUGAUGUUAGUCCGCCGGAGAGUCCGGUGGUGGGACGGGAGGAGAGGGAGUGGAAGACGAAGACGAAGGGGACUACUUGGAGUGGUCUGUAUUGA